GGCAGACAGGAAGACUAAUAAAUGCCAAACAUCACCUGUAUCACCAUCCUUCAACUCUGCCACCUGGGAUCUUUGCUCUCAUCACAGUCUUAAAACUGAUUCAUGAGCCUGACUUUUCAAGAUUCUGAGGGAUAUAUCAUGUACACUGUGGAAAGGAUGGCAGUCAUGUCACAGAAAUAGGACAGAGAUACUGUAAGUGUGGAUAAAAGCGUGGACUUAAUGCCCUGGAGCUGCAGGUCUCAUCCUCAGCCUCUCCUCUGUCUGGACCAGGUUCAGCUGAUCAGGCUGUCAGUAUCUGCAGCCAAUCAUGUGACGCUGAAGUCCGAGACAUGUAGGACUUCCUGCUGUUCAAAACCAGAGGGGGAGAGGACAGCCAAACGCUAACAGCCAGCCGAGCCAUCAAACAGGAAUAUCCAUUGUUUUUGCUGUUUGAUGGUCACAUAUGGAAUUAAGAUUUUCCUUUAUGUUGUUGUAACUGCGUUGUUUGUUCAACUGGGAUAUGUGGAAACUCCAAGUGUUUCUCGGGAAGGAAAGCAUAGUGUUUAAUUGUGGCAGUCACAGUGGAGGGAACAGACUGUUGACUGUUGCUGAAGAAGUGCCAAAGAACUGAACAUAUGGAGACUGAGUGUGAGCGGUGGACGGAGAGCCAAACUGAUGAGGACAGUGACGCAGAGGAGGCCCUGUGUGGAUUCCAUGAGAGCUGUGCCACUGACCUGUUUCACCACCCCCAGCUGGAUACUGACAUAGAGGCAGUCAGGACUUUGUAUUCAGACUCUGCAGUCUCUAUCAGGGAGUAUGGGUCAAUUGAUGAUGUGGAUGUUGACUUAAACAUAAAUGCCAACUUUUUGGAUGAGGAUGUGGCCAAGGCCUGGAGGGUUAAUCCAUCAGAGCCCAUCGUUAUCCGUCUGCACUUAUCUCUGUCUCAGUAUCUGAACGGACCUGCACCUUCAGUCGAAGUCUUUCAACCAUCCAACACAGAUCAUUUCAGCCUUGGGAAACAACUACAGAAUAUUCUCACAGUCUUCUUAUCUCGGGAGUGGAAACAUCUGACCAACGAAAACAUUGUAGUCCGACAGAAGAGCAGACACAAUUGGUUCAGGCCAAGUGGAACCAUCAAGAAAUUUCGUGCAAGACUUAGCAUCUGGCUCCCACUGUCAAAGUCCAGUGAGCUCCAGGAGCCAAAGAUCAUUUUACCAGUGAUGAAACUGAACCGUUUCAAGAAUCAUACAACUUCUUACACCAUCAAGAAUCCCACAGGAGAGCUUUUCACCUACACACCCAGUGGAAAAAGGGUGGUCGUGUCGGCAGUCAAGUCAUCAGCACAGCUUAGUACCAAACAGCUGAUAGAGCUGCUUUUCUCCUCCCAGGCCAUCAGGCACUGUAAGACCACCCCGACUCUGCAGCACGGCUUCUUGGUUCAGAUAAUGAGGUACGCUGAGCAGAGAAUCCCCACGCUGAAUGAAUACUGUGUGGUCUGUGAUGAGCAACAUGUGUUUCAGAACGGCCCUAUGUUAAAGCCAGCAGUUUGCACCAGGGAGCUAUGUGUUUUUUCCUUUUAUACGUUGGGGGUUAUGUCUGGAGCUACAGAAGAGGUUGCCAGUGGUGCAGAGGUAGUUGACUUGCUGGUGGCCAUGUGCAGAGCCGCCCUUCAGUCUUCACGCAAGAGCAUCAUAUUUGAACCGUACCCAUCUGUUGUUGAUCCGAACAACCCCAAAACCCUGGCCUUUAGCCCUAAGAGAAAGAGCUACGACAGGUUGCAAAAAGCUCUGGACAGUGUCUUGUUAAUCAGGAGGAUGGCACAGGGUCCAUAUUCUGAAAUAAAGAAGCAGAUGGACAAGAUAGACCCUCUCGCUUAUCCUUUACUGCAAUGGAUUUUAGCAAGCAACAGAUCACACAUUGUCAAGCUUCCGCUGAACAGGCAACUUAAGUUCAUGCACACACCCCAUCAGUUCCUGUUGAUCAGCAGCCCUCCAUCCAAAGAGGCUCGUUUUCAAACUGCCAAGAAACUUUAUGGCAGCACCUUUGCUUUCCAUGGAUCCCACAUCGAAAACUGGCACUCUAUUUUGAGAAAUGGGCUUGUUAAUGCCUCCCAUACAAAAUUGCAGCUUCAUGGAGCUGCAUAUGGGAAAGGCAUCUAUCUGAGUCCUAUCUCAAGCAUAUCAUUUGGAUAUUCUGAGAUGGGUAAAGGGCAACACCAAAUACCCACCAAAGAAGAACUCAUUAAGCAAUACAACUACAUAAACAAAAUCAAACAGGAACAGAUGGGGCAAGCCAGGUUUUUGCAAAACAGGAACCUGAACUGCAUUGCUCUCUGUGAAGUCAUAACUUCAAAGGGCCUUCAAAAACAUGGGAACAUUUGGGUGUGUCCGAUAUCCGACCAUGUGUGCACACGUUUCCUCUUUGUGUAUGAGAACGGCCAGGUGGGCGAUGUCCACAUCAACACUCAGGAAGCCAGGAUCCACAGGGAAAUUUUACAAGUAAUUGCUUCAAAGCCGUGCUGAGGCUUGGAAGCAAGAAAACACAUUGACUGAGAAUGGGUCUCAGUUUCUUUGGGGCUAAAUUCAUUACGUUUAGCUUUCAUUGGUUUGACUAGUGAACAUAAAGCAAUGAGUUGCUUGAUAUUACAUUCAUCAGCUUUUGCUUGAAUGAAGAACGCUAACUCAAAGGAAGGAAAAUACCACCACAAAACCGAAGAAGGCAUUUCUUCUUUCUGUUAUCAGUUGCAAUAAUAUUAGAUGGAUCAAACUAGCACCUGUAAAAGCUUAUUUUGCCUUAUAUCUUAAUUUACAGUCUGGUGUAAUUUAAAUCUGUGUCUACCACCAGUAUCAUAACUCUGUACUGUAAGCACAUAUUUUGUACAUUUUUAUAACCACACAUUUUUGAAAUAAAAGUUUAAAAUAUUUGCUAA